CCGUCUGGGUCGAGAGAUGUCUGCAUGUGGGGCGUUCACGACAGCGCGCCUUGCAACAUAAUCACUGAAUCAAAUGCGUGUCCUGCGCAUCACGAUUGUCGAGAACGCCAUUAUCAAACUCUCUCUCGUUCGCCCCACCACAUUCGACAACAUCAUGGCGUUCGUGCCGCCCACUCUUCAACCCGAGCAUGGCUACGUGCUGUUGAUCCCUGUUCUGAUGGCAAUUGUCCACAUAUGGGCUGGUUUCAAAGUCGGGGCCGCCCGAAGCAAGUACGGCAUCCAUUACCCUCAAAUGUAUGCGGAAACAUCGGACGCAAACUUUCGCGCGUUCAACUGCGUCCAGCGCGCCCAUCAAAACGUGAUUGAAAACCUCGCCAUCUUCUUUGCGCUACUUGUUUCCUCUUCGUACGUGUGCACGUCCCCAACAAUUUCGUUUGGUUGAUCGUUUCGUUGUCGUGGUAGCGUGUACCGACCCGGGUGGGCUGCCAUUGCAGGCCUCGUUCGAGUGUUCGGAUUUAUCACGUACAUUCACUUCUACUCGACGGGAGUGCCCGAGAAGCGUCAACUCGGAACGUUUGGUUACCUUGGGCUGGCCACGUCUGUUGGUCUUACCGUCGAAGCUGCGAUUCGACUCCUGUCGGCAUGAAUGUAACCACGACAAUGAACUCGAAACAACAUUGCAUCGCUCGUCCACCA